AUGGCCGUCCUUCUCGUGCCGGUAAUCGCGGCACAGCUCGCUAUGUUUUACGGCCUUGACGACUACGGGUUCGAUCAGGACGACAAAGACGAGAACCCAGCUCUUCACCGUCCGUUUCUGCUUGAUGCCUCAUUUGACGUACGCGUAUAUUUCGACGAGUUCACCUGUGUCCAGCUGGAGGAGAUCCUUGAGGUCCUCCAGGUUCCCCCAAGGACCAAAAGCCGUGACAGUGACAGGGACAACGUCGAUUCGCUUAUGCUCGCUCUAUACUACCUCAGCCAACGCAUCUUUCACCAGGACGAGCACCUAGGUCGAGAGUUGGUCAUGCACGACCCAGUCUUCUUCCUAGAACGGUGGCCCGGGCCCUCUUGUCGAUAUAUCAACCGCCUAGAAUACCGUCCUUAUAUUGCUCAAUGGCGAUGGACCGCUCCCAACUAUGCUUCUUCGGGAGAAGAAACCUCCUCUGACGAAUCUUACCAAGGAGACUACGACGAUGACGACCUGGACAGUACCUUUGACGAUGACCUCAAGAACGACAUCAACAACAGCACCAGCGACACCAAGAACAGCGCCAGCAACACUACAACAGCGCCAGCAACACCAACAACAGCACCAGCAACAUCAACGACCCAUCAAGCAGUCCGAGAAAGAUGGGCAGCACAUCGGUUCCCUCAACUUGGUCGACAGCAGACGCCCCUCUCGCACCUGAACGAGGAUUGGGGUCUCCACUCCAAGGAGCACACGCUACGGUUUGCAAGGGGCUUCAUCCGGUGUCAGCAUCAGAGCCUUGUUUUACUGCAUAUCACCAAGUGGAUAAUCUCUGUCCCAAAGAUGAACAUGUUGAUCAGGAACUGUUCUCGUCUGAAGCAGUUAUUCCUGCGGUCCGUUGAGAUUGUACCCGUGAAUUCAGACUUUAACACUGCUGCGUUUCCUGACCUUCAAGACGAGGAGAGGGAGGAGGAGAUGGAGACGGAACAGGUUGAGGAGGGGCAAGUGGAUGAGGAAUAG